CGCAAUUUUGCACAACAAUUUUGUUUACGUUUUGUUAAAAUGUCGCUGUCGCCGAAGAAUAGCGAUGCGUCAGUGAACAAGGAAGCGAACGACGGCGAUGAUGAAGUGGCUAAGAAUCCAACAGCCACCGAAGCCAUGGACACGGAUGACCGCCCCGCAGCAAACAAUACUAAAGACAUACAUUACGAUGCCGAUAGUGAGAUGAACGAAUCGGGAGCAGAGGAUGCGGCGCCCAAACGAGAGCCGACCACAGAUGAGGAUGUGUCCACGGUGAUUGCACCGGCUAACCGCUCGACGUCUGAUCCCAUAUCCAAGCAGAAUUGCAAAUGGAAUCUACGUGUCAUCAUCUCAAAUUUGUAUAUGCAAACCGAGCAGCGACUGCCCAGCGCUCGUGUGCCCAAAUGCCUGCACAAUACGAGUCAGUGCGUAUGCAAGCAUCGCUGUGCCAUGCUGCCGGAUGCGCCAGACAUUGGGAUUGCCCAGGAACUGCGCAACAAUCUAUAUAGCCAGCACUAUGAGACAUAUCUGGAUAUGCUGGAGACAAUGGCCCUGCAGUCGGUCUAUCCGGAUGAGGCUGUAUUUGAUCGGCUCCUCGAUAUGAUUAUGAUACUCAACACCAAGAGCCUGACCCUUGAUGAGCUGCACAGCAGAUAUAGAAAUGUGAUACGCGUUUAUUAUCUGCUUGUGGAUGCAUUUCCACCCUGCUGGACAGCGUUGCGUCCCUACUAUUUGAAUUUCCUGGGCAUCACCAAUGCCACAGACGAAAAGCCACAAAAACUGCAGCUAUUGCUGGAUUUGCUGGAGGAUUGCCUGGCCAAAUGCAGCGACUCGGAGAUUAGUCGGCUAUCGCCCUACUACGAACAGUUUGUCCAUGGUUUUGCUGAGGAGGAGAAUGCAAACAUGUCGCCAGAGGAAGUGUUUCUGUGUCAUGUACAGGACUACGACUGGCAGAGUGGCAAACAGUGGGUAGAUGAGUUUAAGAAAAUGUCAGCAGCUGUGCAGCUGGCGCGCCUCUGCGAUGCUCUGGACAUGUUAUGCUGGGUGUUGGAGCGUGAGUUUAUGGCCUGGUUGGAUCACAAUCGUUUGCAGCAAACCGAGCCGGAAAUCUUUCAAGAGGACUCAAAACCCUUUGUGCUCAUCGUCUUUGGCAUGACAAAGAGCACGCGGCUAACGAAUAUAACGCGCCAGCUGCUGCGCUUGUAUAGCCGUGCCGCAGCCAAGUCAAUGUAUCCGGAACGCCUGAGGAUAUUAGAGCGCUAUGUGUCGCUCAUCAUGGAGGCGAGCAACACGGCCGAGCUGGUGUAUGCAAAUAAUUCGCUGAUUUAUCCCAAUCUGGGGUCGCAGACACGUCGUCUCAUCGGCGAGUUCUUUAAGCUAUUCAAAACCGAAAAUCCUGCAGAUGUUAGCACCUAUAUUAAGACCAUACCGAGGCUCAGUCAGUGCUAUGUGCGUUACGAGUUUGCCGAUCAUUUUCUGCGUCUAUUUUACUGCUCCGAUGCGGGAUUUGGGCCGGGCAAGGUGUGCGAGGAGCUGAAGGCGAAGCGUUGGCUCAAAUACAAGCCACGCAGCGCCAUUGAGGACUCGGACAAUGAGCAGUUGUCACGUGAGGAUUAUCUAAAAAUUAUGCUCAAUGCGCUGCGGGAUUAUUGCCUGUGGCUGAAUCUGCAAGCGUGUUGGAAAUAUAUCAAAACCAAAGUCCCGGUGCAGCAGCUGCAAACAAGGACGAGCAGUCCACUGGCCACGCCCGUGGGCGUUGUCACUGGCGAUGUGGGCAAAAUAUUUAUGCUCGACGAGAUGCAAAGGGAGGCGCACACCUGGAAGCAGCGCAUCAACUCGAAAGUCAUUUUGUCCAGACCCAAAGUCAAUCUGCCCGUGGCCAGGAUCAGUGUGAGCACCAUGGCCGAGCGUUAUGGCGGCGAUAUACGACAGCUGCGCUAUCUGCGUCGUGUGCUGCUGGAGGUGAAGCGCUUCGAGGAUGUUACAGAUUGGCUGGACUAUGUAAAUGAUUUCCUGGGCGAAGAUGAGCCAUCAUCAGAAACUGAGUCCCAGAAAGAAAAAAGAGCACAAUUGCCAGUGAUAAUUAAAACCUAAAGGUAAAUUAUAAAUAC